UCCGCAGCAGCGAUGCUCCCGCCAGACCAGGCCGGCCUCGGUGCUUUGUCUGCGGGCUGGCGGUAGAUCGGUAGGUCGGUGCGGGUCGCGGCUCUCAGUCAUGGUGCAGAAAUCCCGGAACGGCGGGGUUUUCCCCGGAGCGCAGGCCGACCAGAAGAAGCUGAAGGUCGGCUUCGUGGGUCUGGAGGCCGGAGGGACCGAGUCCAGCAGGGACGGAGCUCUGCUCAUAUCAGGUGGGGAGGAGGGACCUCGGCGGCAGCGCAGCAGCGUCUCCGGAGGAAAGAAACCUCCGAAACGAAACGCUCUCUACAGACGACUGCAGAACUUCCUGUACAACGUCCUAGAGAGACCUCGAGGAUGGGCCUUCAUCUACCACGCAUACGUGUUCCUGCUGGUGUUCUCCUGUCUGGUUCUGUCUGUGUUCUCCACCAUCAAAGAGUACGAAAAGAGUUCAGAGGACGCUCUCUACAUCCUGGAAGUGGUGACCAUCGUGGUGUUCGGUGUGGAGUACAUGGUGAGGAUCUGGGCUGCAGGUUGUUGUUGUCGGUACAGAGGAUGGAGAGGACGACUCAAAUUCGCCAGAAAACCCUUCUGUGUCAUAGACAUCAUGGUGCUGAUCGCGUCCAUCUCAGUCUUGGCUGCAGGGACUCAGGGCAACGUCUUUGCCACGUCUGCGAUCCGGUCUCUUCGGUUCCUUCAGAUCCUGAGGAUGAUCCGGAUGGACCGGCGAGGAGGAACCUGGAAACUGCUGGGAUCAGUGGUCUACGCCCACAGCAAGGAGUUGAUCACAGCCUGGUAUAUCGGCUUCUUGUGUCUCAUUCUGGCCAGUUUCCUCGUUUAUUUGGCAGAAAAGGAAGACAACGAACAGUUUGAGACUUACGCCGACGCACUCUGGUGGGGACUGAUCACCUUGACAACCAUUGGUUAUGGCGAUAAAUUCCCCAUCACCUGGAACGGACGUCUGCUGGCUGCGACCUUCACGCUGAUCGGAGUUUCGUUCUUCGCUCUGCCCGCUGGGAUCCUGGGUUCUGGAUUUGCUCUGAAGGUUCAGGAGCAGCACCGGCAGAAACACUUCGAGAAGAGACGAAACCCAGCAGCCGGACUCAUACAGGCGGCGUGGAGGGUUUACGCCACAAAUCUGACCCGAACAGAUCUGACUUCAACAUGGGAUUAUUACGAGAGGACUGUCUCUGUCCCCAUGUACAGGUUGAUUCCUCCUCUCAAUCAGCUGGAUUUAUUGAGGAACCUCAAGAACAAAUCAGGACUCUCAUUCAGGAAAGACGUCCAGCCUGAACCGUCUCCCAGUCAGAAGGUCAGUCUGAAGGAGAGGGUCUUCUCGUCUCCGCGGAGCUCAGGAACCAAAGGGAAAGGUUCUCCUCAGCACGUGGUUUCCACAGUCGGCCCCGGUGUGAGUCCUGGUCCUGGUGUGGCUCCUGGAGUUCCUGGAGGUCCGGGGGGAGUCCAGGCCCUGCGACGGUCCCCCAGCAUGGAGCCCAAUCUGGAGGACAGUCCCAGCAAGGUUCCAAAGAGCUGGAGCUUUGGAGAACGCAGCAGAACCCGACAGGCGUUCAGGAUCCGAGGAGCUGCCUCCCGCCAAAACUCUGAAGUGCUGAUAGAGAUGCAGGAUGAAGAGUUCAGACAGAAGAACUCCCCAGAGGCCAGCCUGCCAGGAGAAGACAUGGCCGACGACAACAAGAGCUGUCACUGUGAGUUUGUCCCUCAGGAUCUGACCCCAGGGUUAAAGGUCACCAUCAGAGCCAUCUGCAUCAUGCGUUUCAUGGUGUCGAAGAGGAAAUUUAAGGAGAGUCUUCGUCCCUAUGAUGUCAUGGACGUGAUUGAACAGUACUCAGCCGGACACCUGGACAUGCUCGCCCGCAUCAAGAACCUCCAGUCAAGAGUGGAUCAGAUAGUCGGCAGAGGGACACCAAUUGCAGACAAAGACCGUCCCAAAGCAGCCAGUGAGGAGCUCCCUGAUGAUCCGAGCAUGAUGGGACGGCUGGGGAAGGUGGAGAAGCAGGUCCUGUCAAUGGAGAGAAAGUUGGACUUCCUGGUUAACAUCUACAUCCAGCGAAUGGGAAUACCUCAGGCUGAGACAGACGCCUACUUCGGAUCCAAGGAGCCAGACCCGGCCCCGCCCUACCACAGUCCGGUGGAUCAGCUGGAGAAGAGCCAGUCCAUCAAUAAAAUCCAGCAGGUGACUGGCGACCAUACAGAGAAGACCCGUUUUGGGACGAAGAUGGUCCGCUCCAGCAGCUCGACUGGACAAAGAAACUGCAACACCCCCACCUGCCCCCCCUCCACCUCCUGGCAGCCAAUCAGCUCCCAACUCCACCAGCAGGCCCCACCCCCUCCUCAGCGCAGCCACGGUAACACUCCGAGUCCGGUGGGAGACGGGUCACUGGUUCGACUCCCACCUCCCCCAGCUGGGGAGAGACACGGCGGGAACCGUUCGAAUCGGCACAGCAACGGAGAGCGAGGGGGGGCAGAGAGACAGGAGAGGGGAGGAGGAGGACGGGCAAGUGGGGCUGGGGAAGGAGGAGGAGAAGGAGGGGAGGAGGUGAAGCAGGACAGCGACACCUCCAUCUCCAUCCCGUCAGUGGACCACGAGGAGCUGGAGCGCUCCUUCAGCGGCUUCUCCAUCUCCCAGUCCAGAGAGAACCUGGAUUUCCUCAACAAUAGCUUCUACUCCUCCACCAACCUGGGAGACCACCGAGGAGGAGGUGGCAGCGCCCGCUGUGCCACCAUCAGGCCUUACAUCGCUGAGGGCGAGUCAGACUCCGACUCAGAGCUCUGCGCCCCAUCGCCGCACUCGGACCGGGCCUGGACCGGAACCAAGUAGAGUUGAAGGUAAACUGGAGCAGAACCAGCAGAACCCUUAAAAUAAUUCAAAUGUGAAUGACAACUAUGAAACUGUGAAGUGCAACAGGUCCAAGUUAACGGACAGAGUCAAAAACUUAUAACACCAGCUGGAAGUUCAGAGUGAAGCAUCAUGGGAACAGCAAGCGUCAUGGUGUUUUUAUCUGUGUGAAUGUUUUAACGUGUAUGGCAAAUGUUUGUCCUCACUGUCACUGAUUAGUUAACUGCUGGGACACGCUCACACCUGAUAUGUUCACUGCAGGGACACGCUUGCGCCUGAUUGGUUAACUGCUGCAACACGCUUGCACAUGAUUAGCUCACUGCUGCGACAUGCUCACACCUGAUUGGAUCAUUAUUAUUAUCAGAAGCUUACUGUUCAAUUUAAUCAUUACCUUUUUAAAAAACAACUGAACAAUUGACUGAUACAUCACCAUGACAACAGACACAGCUGUUGUUCUCUCUAUUUCUUGUACAGAGCAAUUGAUUUGUUUAUUCUGCCCCCUAAAGGCAGAGAGUGGUAACUACAGAAAAGGUUCAAAUGUUCAGGCGUGAUCAAAAGGUGGUGUUGUCUUCAUUAAAUGUGUUUUUAUUCUGAUUAUUUUACUCCAAAAAUUCACUGUCACAGACCCAAAGAGGAUUUAUAAAGAAUAUUUAUCUGCACUCUCUGAAUAAUCUUGUCACUGACAGAUUUUAUCAGUUGCUAAGCUAAUAUAAAGCUAACAGUACCUCCAAGAACUACUUGAAGACAUAAUCUUCACAAGAUUUUUUUGUAUUUCCAGUUGAUUUGUUUGAAAACAAGAACCCUGUUAAAGUUGUCUAUGAUGGCUGCAUACAUGAUAUCAUGCUAACAAACUUAGGCUAACACUAACAGCUUCUCUACUCUUUUGCACGAAUUUUUGGAAAGUUGAUCAAAGGACAUGACCCUCAAAAAGUAUAUCCCCUAACAGUCAUGCUACCCAGUUACAGUUGCUAAGCUGUGAUUGGACAGUUGCUGUUCGGGGGAGGGGUUUUGUAAACUGUAAGUUAAGACUCCCAUAACUCCCAUAUGACUUCAAUGCAGCUGUCUUACACAAUCAUGAUGUCAUAAAAACAUUAUAGUGCUUAUAUAUAAUGUAAUCAUCAAACUGUUAAUUCUUCUAUAAGUAAUAUUCAUUAUUAAUCCCAACAAUUCAUUAAAUAACAGCAACAGGAAUGUUAACAUAAUACUGAUGAUAAAAUGUUUGAUGAAUGAAUUUGUGAAUCAGCUACUGAAUCUGGCCAGCAGGGAGAAGUCAGGACAAUCAGUCACUACAGGAAACCAAAAUAAGACAAACUUACCAAAAUAAAAGUCUGUUUUACUGCCUGAGUUCUGGAUAAAGAGCUCAACAUUUCUUACCAGCAGUGAAGAUAAAUACAGAGUUUCCCUGGGGAUGCCACAGGUGUCAUUAUUAAGUCCCACCCCGGAAACCACACAUACAAGGUUUAGAUGUAACAGUUUGUAGUUAAGAGAUUUCAUCAGUAAAUAGACUGAUUUCAUCAUCAGGAUGAAGAUGAAGAGUAAAUGCUCAGCUGAUCGAUCAGUUCUUCUUUGAUCAGCUGAUGAAAGUGACUCAUUAUUCAGUGACCUGCUGCUUGCUGACCUGCUCAUUAACUUAUUAGUCUGAAUGUAGAAACACUUCAUUUAAUGUUUCCAUGGGGACCAUGUUUCCAUGGUGACAUUUCCUUCCUUCCUGACAUUUUUGUUUGCUAGUAAAAGUUUGUCACAGAUGUUAAACUGAUUACAUUAAACUUUUGAAUUAAUUUUUUAGACUUUUGUGAAGGGUUUUUGUCAUCUGACCGUCAACCUGUGUGGAAAUGUCUAAACCUGUUCUGGAUUAAUUUUCAAAUACAACAAUGUAGAUCUUUGUUCAAACAACCUGAUAGUAUUAAAAUAUUAUCACACUUUUUAAUGGUCACUUCUAUCAGUUCCUUCAAAAUCCUUUAAAUGAGUUCUGGCAAAAAAGCGGUACGAAUAAAUCUUUGUGUUAAAUCUUGUUUCUGUAGCUGAGACUGUAAAACACAAACUGUAUCUUUGUACAGAAUGUUGCUUGUUUGAUUGUAUUUCAGUAUGAAUAAACCUUUAAC